AUGGCUCUCCUCUCACCAGGAAACCAACAAACAAAGCUUUUCAGCUCUAUGCAGUCAUACCGUGCACUCACACGCCUACCAAUCCAACAAGCAUCAAGAAGACUUAUCAGACCGAAAACGGCACGCAAAAUGUCUCUCUGGCCACGAUCAGCUCUCUCUUCCGAGCCAUCCUUCGGCUCUCUCUUCCGCCUCCUCGAUGAAUUUGAUAACUACCAUGGCGGAAGCGUGAGCGGAAAGGUGGCUCUUCCCAAAGGCUUUAACCCAAAGUUCGACAUCAAGGAGAACAAGGGCGACUACGAACUCCACGGCGAACUUCCCGGCGUUGACCAAAAGAAUGUCAACAUCGAAUUCACAGACGCCAACACCCUAACCAUCCGCGGCCACGUUGAGCGGUCUUACGAAGAGGGUACUCCUCCCAAAGGUUCCAUCGAGGGGCCCAGCCGCGCCGGCGCUAUCGAGGGCAAGAAACCACACAAGGCAACAGUUGAGGAUGAAGGAGGUUCCGCCGUCCAGCAAACAACCCAACAACAGGCGGUGCAAAAGCAGCCUGAGACGAGCGGGGCCGGGAAAAUCUGGGUUUCCGAGCGUAGCGUUGGUGACUUCUCCCGCUCGUUCAGUUUCCCAGACCGCGUCGACCAGGACCACGUCCACGCUUCGAUGAAGAAUGGCAUCCUCAGCGUUGUCGUGCCGAAGGCCAAGAAGGCCGAGGCCCGGAAGAUUCCUAUCUCGUAA